CUCCAGUCCAAACAACUUUGCCAGAGAUUUAACAAAAGUAGCCGAAGACGUGUCGAGGAAACCGCAGAGGCGUUUGAGUUUGCCUUUCUCCGUAUACGCUACAUCCCACUUUAUAUAUUCCACUAUAGUUUACGAGUGCCGUCUUUUUGGGGAAAUUAAGAUGAGGAAUCUGCGGUUGUUGGUCCUCUUCGGGCUGGCCAGCGGUUUUAUCAGUGAAAAAGUCUUUGUCUCCUCGCAGACAACCUUCCCCGUGAUAGAUGACCUUUACUUGGAGGGCCAAACUUCAGGGGAGCUCUCAAUAGAUGAUGAAGAUGGGGAAGACGACGACGACGGCGGCUCUGGAUCUGGAGACUAUGCUCACAGCAACGUUGCAGUUACGGAGGAGGGACUCAAGAAACUCCUCAACUUCUCUCAGACCACCGUCUCCUGGGAACUGGUUCCAAGUCGACCUCAGCCAUCAGCAGCCGCUCCGCUCAGCCCAUCAACCAAAGCACCAGUCAGUCAGAACCCAGCCACCAAAGUGAGCGACGCAGUCAUGCCACCAUUCGUAUUGCCUAAUGGGGGCAACCGUAAUGAGGUUUCACAGAGUACCAGCUCCGCCACCAUUCCUCCCGGUGAUACUAGUCCGACCAAAUUCGGAAUCACUGUAGUCGACCAUGCUGACAACAGCCUGGAUACGUGGAAUGUCUCACCUACCAAAAACCGUGGGGAUGAAAUCCAGAUAAAGCGGGUCGAAAAUGAGAUUUUUGCCGAAAACGGCCGAAACGGCAGAAUGUUCGAAGUUGAUACUCCUGAGGAGGUAACCUCUGAGAACACGUGGGAGAGGACGGAUGUGCUGGCAGCCGUGAUCGCUUGCGGAGUGGUUGGAUUCCUCUGUGCGGUUUUCCUCCUCCUCCUCCUCGCCUACCGUAUGAAGAAGAAGGACGAAGGCAGCUACGAGCUGGGAGACACCAAAGUUUCCACGACAGCCUAUCAGAAAGCACCCACCAAAGAGUUCUACGCCUGAAGUGACCAAUAGGAACGUUACGUGGAGUCCUUCUCCUCCCAAUCGCGGCUGAGAAGCAUUUAUAAAUGACUGGAAAGGAAUCCUGUGGAUGAAGUUUGAUGAAGUCAAGCGUCUCUGUUCUUCUUCAGUGCUCCCACCGUUUAAAAAUGUUCACGUCUUGCUUUAUGAUGUUUGUGGGGGGGGGGAAAGGUCAUGCAUAAUAAUCUAUUAAUAUCGUUCCAUUCUGCGGUGGAGUCCAACAAUAAGUACACAGCCUUAAUUUCAAGAAAGGAAUCUUUUCUAGAGUAUCCGGAUGGAUCAUGACCGUUAUGGUUUAGGAGAGUGACUUCAAAGUAUUAAACACUGCUUUGCGAGCAGCAUCACUUCUCUAAAAUGAACCACACUCUAAGGUUCAAAUCGAUUGGCCCAUUGAACGGAGCUGCAGUCUGAACUGUUUCAGCUCUGCGUAACAACAAUGAAGUUCAAAGACACUUAUAAAUAGCUGUAACACUUUUUGAAUGCUUUUAUUUAGAACGGUACCACACGUGGGGUUAAUGUUACCAAGGGCCUUCAAAAAAGAAACCCUUUUCCCCUUUUUUUAUUUGAUGUUAAAAUUCUUAAGUUUGUUACAGUUUUUCCUUUUUUACAUUUCAUUUUCUGUAUUUUUUUUUUUUUCUUCACUGAAUUGAAAAUGUUGUUAUAAGGAGGAAUGUUUCAUAUGCUCUCCAAUAUUGAGAGAUUUUGUUACUUAUGUAGGUACAUAUUUGUUUUUUUCAGAUGUUUUACAUUUACAGAACUGGCCAAAUAUAAAUGUGCUUUAAUUGUUUUUGGAGAAUUUUUGUUUUUGGAUGAGAGAUUUCCAUGGGACAACAUUUUUCAUCUAUUCAUGCAGUGGUCCUUUUAUGGUCCUUUUGAUUUCUGCAUUAGCAAUAUUUUUUCAGGACAAUUGUAUUUAAUGAAUAAGUGCUAUAAACAGGUGGAGCAGGGUGGAGCCAAAAUGAUGGACUAUAAUUCAGAAGUGCAGAAGCCGAUUUCUAAAUGUCAACUGUAUACAGCUACAAUAGCAAGAACUCAAAAGUGACUGCGGCAAUGUCCAUGGCGAUACUAUCCUAUCAGUAAUUCAUGCGCAGUUUUUACAAAUUGUUCUUAAUUUGUGACAAUGUAAUUUAGGGUAAGCAGAUUUUAAACCAACAUUUCUCAAUCUUCGACAGACCAAAGGAGCAUUGAAAACUUCAUAGACAUUAAUCGCUUCAAGCAGAAAGCGGAUAACAUUACUUGUAUACAUCUCGUAUUUAAUAUAUGUUAGUGGAAAUACGACUAUUGGUUGUGUGUUUAGUCUGCGCUGACUUUUUAAAACCAGCUAUUUACUGCUUACUGUGGCAAUACUAUUUUUAAAAUCAGCCUCUUAUUGAAAUAGAACUUUUGUCUUAAAGCUGCUCUGUGACCUUACAAUCUCUGAAAAGGUUAAAUAAAACUUUUCAAAAACUAA